AUGUCCCUUGCGAUUCUGCGCAAUUUUAGCGUUGACUGCUGUUCUGGUGGCGGUUCUGCAAGAAGAAAUCUAUUGUCACUUUACUGUAGUGCGCUAUCUGCUUACCGUCAGAAAUCCAAGAAAGCCGCUUUCGAGCUCCAUGACGAUAAUGAUGAUGGGCUAGGCAAAGACUAUAAGUUGAAAACUGUCAAAUGUGGUAGCCGACGUUUGGAUGUUUUGGCACACAAAGUAACCGGAAAAACCACCGCGCAAAUGGAGAAACUUAUCUUGCUCGGUAAGGUUCGGGUCAACGAAACUGUCGUCAAGAAGAAAGCUCGGAAUGUUGGUGAGGAUGACGUCGUAGAUGUUUGGAACGAGCCAGUCGAAGCAAAUUCGUCACUACUAUACGUUUAUCGGUUUGAGGUUCUUGACUACACCUGGGAUGAUGAAGGAUAUAAACUUAAUUUAAAAUGUUGGAAGAAUUUCCUAGUGAAUAAUUGGAAACAGGAAGGAUGA